AUGAUCUCGUCAGGUUUCGUAGAGGCUACUACUCUGGAUUACAUUUGGAGCCUAAUACAAGAAGCCAUCGCGGAUUUGACGAUGGCUGGUGCCAGGUACGCACCCUCACGGAGUGCACAAGGCUUUCUCUCGCUGCCAUUGUGUAGCAUAAUUAAGGACGGCAACAUCGAUGUUCUCUUUCGACUUCAUGUCUGGAUGCCCGACGGACAACGUGGAAAAGCAGAAGUCGCAAUACAUUCGCAUCAAGCAUUCGCCCAGAGCUGGACUCUGCACGGCCAAGGCACAGAUGUGCUGUACGAUGUGAAUCCUGUCGAUGAGUACGAAGAAGCUACUCAUUGCUCGUACGCUAUCGGCUGGAAUGACGGGAAUUCGCAGUCCACCAAGUACGCAACGCAUCAGCUCUCGUCAACGGUCGUGAAUACUGGCAAGUUGAUGCAAGCAAAGCUUACACAAUCAACCAUCCAUCGUCGCGGCGACACCUACACCGUGCCUGCUGCGGCAUACCACACGACUAUCGUAAAGCCACAAGAAUUGCAUGCUACGCUCUUCUUCUUUGAUGCAAGCCGAGGCUUUGUUAAGGACGCUGGUGUUCUUGGCCCGAAAGACUGGGCGGAGAAUAGGCAAUUCAGAGACCCUGCUGGCAUUACUCCAAGCGAUCUUGUCGAGGUUGUGAGCAGAGCGCGUGCUUCCGAGGAGGGUGUCGAAAUGUUGCAGCCCGAGCCGGGACUGAUGGGGACAUGUCUACCAAGGCGCAUUGAUAGUCUGCAAAAGGAUGCAACGGAUGUGCAAGCGACGCAAGCAUGA